AUGGAGGGUGAACCACCGCGCACCACGAGCGAGAACGAGAUGACGACUAGCAACGAGGCUGAAGAGUCAGCGUUCGAGCUUCAUUUCAAAAGCAGUACGGGUAGCAAGUUUACGCUGCCUGUCCAAGACCUUGAAGAAAAGAUCGAGGCACUGAAGCAACGUUUAGCGGAACCGAGUGGCUUCGCGCCCGAGACAAUGCGCGUCAUCUACAAGGGUCGAGUCCUGAAGGACGCUGAAACUUUACGGGAGCUUCAGGAAAAAUAUGGACUCGAGUCUGGACAUACCAUGCACUUGGUACGUGGCGUUCGUCCAGCUGCGGCGCCUGCCGGAGCACCGACGGGGAGCGCGCUCCCCGGCGUCGGUGGCCCGGUACCAGCGACUCCCGCUAGUGCGGCCUCAUCCGCGCCUUCACUUGGGUCUUCUGCCGGAAGUGCGGGAAAUCUCGCAGGUUCAACGCCAACGCCGUCGAGUGCCGGCUUUGAUAUGUUUGGGCAAGCACGCGCAGCUACUUGGAACGGAACAGCGGCGAACGCGAGCGCAGCCACUGGUGCUCCCCUGGGCUACGCACCAGAUGCUGCCUCAACCGGGGCAAACGUCGGUAGUGCUGGUGCUGGUGGUGGAUCCUCUUCUAUGCAACGACUCCAACAGCAAAUGCAGCAGGCGCUGCUUGCGAAUCCGAACGCGAUGCAGGAGAUCCUCAGUAGCCCCUUGAUGGAAUCCAUGGCGGAGAAUCCCGAACUCAUGCGGGCGUUGAUGAUGGCGAACCCGCAGAUUCGGGAAAUGAUCAACCAGAAUCCCGAGAUCGGUCAUGUUUUGAAUGACCCAGGAGUCCUGCGCCAGACAUUACAGCUGAUGCGUAAUCCUCACCUCAUGCAGGAAAUGAUGCGCACAAGUGACCGAGCAAUGGCUAAUAUCGAGUCGAUGCCAGGAGGUUUCGACGCGCUGCGGCGUCUCUACACGGACAUCCAAGGACCUCUGGAAUCCAGCGGGCCCAUGGCACCAGGUGCCGGUGCCAGCACUUUCACGAGAGCCACUCCGUCGAAUCCGACUAGUAGUGACACUGGAAAUGGGCGUUCCUCGACGACGCUACCGUUGCCGCCGUCAUGGGCGGCAGGCGCCACUCCAGCAACCACUGGCAACAAUGGCAGCCAGAUGCCUUGGUCUAGUCCAGACCUGUCGGAAGAGGCGGCAGUUCGGGCAACGCGAGCUAUUUUGGAUAACCCGGAGCUGUUCCGCCUCACCCAGGAGCAGUUCAUCGCCUCUGACACGUUCCUGCUCGCGAAUCCAAUGGUGUCGGCGAUGGCGGCCAUGAACCCGCAGAUGAUGCAAGCGCUCCAGGACGUCCAGUUUCGACGAAAUCUCUUUACGAGAGAAUUUUUCGAGUCCACGCUUGCGAUGCAGGAGGCACAACUGCGCUUUCGACGGGCGAUUCACCAGGCGUUGCUCCAGAGCGGGUACGACCCGGCGAUUGCAACGACACCGCAACCCAUGGCUUCGGCAACAGCUGGUGGACCACGGCAAACCCGUGGUGCGACAUUUACAGAUCCGACGGCUCAGAUGACGCGUGAACAAUUGGAGCAACAUUUUGCGACCCAGUUGCAACAGAUGCGGGAAAUGGGUUUCUUCGAUACAGAUGCCUGUAUCGCGGCGUUGCGUGCGACCGGGGGAAACGUAGCGGCCGCUUUGGAUCGGCUCCUGAACGGUUCCUAA